AUGAAGUGGUUGGUCAUCAGUCUCCUGCUUCUGGGAACCGCAGUUACGAUGGUCCAUGCAUGUCCCAAAUACUGUGUCUGCCAGAACCUCUCAGAGUCCCUGGGGACUCUGUGCCCUUCCAAAGGCCUGCUCUUCGUACCACCGGACAUCGACCGACGAACUGUGGAGCUCCGGCUGGGCGGCAACUUCAUCCUCAAGAUCACCACUCAGGACUUUGCCAAUAUGACAGGUCUGGUAGAUCUCACCUUGUCCCGCAACACCAUCAGCGCCAUCCAGCCAUUCUCUUUCAUCGAUCUGGAGACCCUGAGAUCCCUGCACCUCGACAGUAACCGGUUGACCGAGCUGGGACCAGAUGACCUCCGAGGACUGGUCAACCUGCAGCACUUGAUCCUCAACAACAAUCAGCUGAGUCGGAUCUCCAAAGCAACCUUUGAAGACUUGUUACUGACAUUGGAGGAUCUGGAUUUGUCAUACAACAACUUACGCAGUGUGCCUUGGGAAGCCAUACGCAAAAUGGUCAACCUCCAUCAGAUGAGUCUAGAUCAUAACCUCAUCUCUUUUAUUGCUGAGGGGACUUUUACAGAUCUGGAUAAACUGGCUCGCUUGGACCUCACCUCCAACCGUCUCCAGAAGCUCCCCCCGGACCCCAUCUUCGCACGCUCUCAGAGCAGUGUACUUAUGAGCACUCCUUACGCACCUCUACUCUCUCUAAGCUUUGGUGGAAAUCCACUGCAUUGCAACUGUGAGGUGCUGUGGCUUCGAAGGCUGGACCGUGAGGAUGACAUGGAAACCUGUGCUUCUCCUGCGAGUCUAAAGGGGCGCUACUUCUGGUCUGUACGUGAGGAGGAGUUUGUUUGCGAGCCCCCUCUAAUUACGCAACAUACACACAAGUUGCUCGUGCUGGAAGGCCAAACGGCGAGCCUGCGCUGUAAGGCAGUUGGUGAUCCAAUGCCAACUGUGCAUUGGGUUGCUCCUGAUGACCGUUUGAUCAGUAACUCCUCCCGAGCAACGGUUUAUGAAAAUGGCACCCUGGACAUUACAAUCACCACAUCUAUGGAUUACGGGACCUUUACUUGCAUAGCUGCCAACGCUGCUGGGGAGUCUACAGCCUCCAUUGAGCUGUCAAUCAUUCAACUCCCCCAUCUGAGUAAUGGUACAAACCGUACCACACAGUCCAAGUCAGGGCUAUCGGACAUAACUAGCUCCACCAAGAUCAGUAAAGGGGAGCCUAAACCUCUGCCGGAGAAGGUGGUAUCUGUAUCAGAAGUGACUGCCGUCUCCGCUCUGGUCAAGUGGACUGUUAGCAAAUCAACUCCAAAGGUCAAAAUGUAUCAGCUUCAGUACAACUGUUCUGAGGAUGAGGUCCUCAUUUACAGGAUGAUUCCCAUGACUAACAGAGCGUUUGUAGUCACAAAUCUUGUCCCAGGGAUGCAGUAUGACCUGUGUGUCUUGGCCAUUUGGGAUGACACCGCCACCACCCUCACUGCCACCAACAUUGUCGGCUGUGUCCAGUUCAUCACUAGGGAGGACUACCCGCAGUGUCAGUCGCUUCACAGUGGCUUCCUGGGUGGCACCAUGAUCCUGGUCAUUGGGGGCAUCAUUGUGGCCACGCUACUGGUGUUCAUCAUCAUCCUCAUGGUGCGGUAUAAGGUGACCAGUGGCGUCCAAACUAAUAAAUUACCCGAUGUGAGCAACACAUACUCGCAGACCAAUGGGGGGUUGAACAGGUUCAACGGUGCCCCACCACAAGUCAAAUCCACCAUGGUGGUCAUGCGUGAGGAAAUGGUAGAGUUCAAGUGUGGAUCCCUCCAGAGUAGUCUCUCAUCAUCCUCAUCCUCCUCUAACUCAUUAGACAGCCAAACAGGAAGGGGGGCUGGCGACUGCUACAGAAUGCAGGGCAGCGAAUGCAGCACUCUGCCCAGCAGCAAGUUCAGGAGGCAUGGGCACGGUGCUAAAGCACGGCCAAAUCUGGACCACCUUUUAGGGGCCUUCACCUCACUGGAGCUGCGAGGGGUAGCAAGGGAACACCAAGGGGCUUCUGGCCCCUCCACCGCUUCCAAUGCUAUGAUGACGGUGGCUAUGGUACCCCCGUCCGAUAAAGAACCCCUGCUCGGGAGGGCCGAGUCCACCACCAUGCUGGGACGCCUCCUAGGGCUGCCCCAGGAGGGCAAGCCCAAGAGGAGCCACUCGUUUGACAUGGGUCACGUGGGGGCCACACAGUGUCGCAGCAGCUACCCUCGCAGGAUCAGUAACAUCUGGACUAAGCGCAGUCUGUCUGUGAACGGCAUGCUGCUGCAGUAUGAUGACAGUGAGGACGAGAAGCCCACUUUUGAGAGCUCUGAGUGGGUGAUGGAAAGCACAGUUUGA